AGUCAGUUCACCCGUCAGGAAAUGUGUCAAGAAACCUGUGAGAGACUGAGAACAUGAGCCAUGUCUGUGAAAUCUCACAGGACUUCAGUGAAAUGUGACCUGUCUUUUACCACAGACAAGGACUAUGGCAGUGGCAGGCUGGGUCUUCUUGCUGGUUGCCCUGCUGUCUCUCUCAUUCGCUGAGGCACACUACCACAGUGGGGAGACAGAGACCUACUAUGUGAGCGUUGGCCACCUCUUUGUGCUGAAGUGCAUCACUUCUGAUGCUCACACCAACGUGACCUGGAGCAGAAGGGGGACGAACAACCUGAGCCUGCCUGCUGGAGUGGAAGUCAGGGGCGGGUUAUUGUACUUCCUACCUGUGCAGAUGUCUCAUAAUGGAUCCUACACCUGUGAGAAAAGGGAUGAGACUAGAAUAUUAAGGAUGACGUUUGGGCUGUCGGUGUCCAGUGGACGGUGUCCAGAACCACCUGAGAACAAAUCCAUCUCUGUGGGUGUCAAUGGAGGUCUUCAUUGCAAACAGACAGAUAUCCUCAGCCUGAAUGACACAAGGAGCAUACAGUGGAUGAAGGACUGCCACCCAUUGGAACGGCCAGAGUCCUUCUCUGUGGGUAAUGAUGGCUUCUUGAGACUCACUGCAGUCUCAAAGGGGGAUGCUGGGAAAUACACCUGCCUGGUAGACAUUAGCUUGGACGGCAGGAAGUACACCAGUGCACGCAGCGUCCAGCUGACUGUUGAUGACGACGUUUUCCAACUGCACGAGAUUGUGUACCCUCAAAAUGAAGUGGUCGUGGUUGAAGUGGGUGCGAGAGCAGAGCUGAAGUGUGUAGCCUACUUAGGCUCAAUUGAGGAUCCUGAGACUUUAAUGCAAUGGACUAUUGACUCUCCCUUCGCUGAUAGUCACAAAGGACUCACCGAGACUUGGGAAUAUAAGCACGACAAUGGCAAGGUGUAUGGCGUGUCCACUCUGUCCAUCCCUAAAGUUCCACGCCAGUUACUGAAUGUCCCCAUUCUUUGCUGUGUAAUAAACCCAGCUGGACAGACAAGUGGCUCGAUGUGGCUUCAAGAAGCUGACCACAGUGCCUUCCACACGCAUGUGGCUCUCUGCCUCACUGCCUCCCUGGUUAUUCUGGCCCUGGCUGCCGCCUUCCUCUUGUUUAAAGUAGACCUGGUGUUGGCUUACAGGAAACUGUUGAGACAAUUUGGUAAACAACAAGCUCCAGAUGGGAAGCUGUACGACGCCUAUGUGAGCUUCCUCCAUCCCAGCAUCCUGAGUUCAGCUGAGACGGCGAGCUUCGCCCUGCAGAUCCUGUCUGAGGAGCUGGAGAAACAACAUGGCUACUCCCUGUUCAUCAGAGGACGGGACGACUGUCCUGGAGAAGCAGUGCAUGAUGUCGUUGCUACAAGAGUGUGCCAGUGCCGCAGACUGAUAAUCAUCGUCUCACCUCAGGCAGUAUCCUCUUUUAAUGGAAAAACGGAGGAAGAACCCUUAAAUGACGACCAAAACCAACUGUGUUAUGAGCAGAAAAUAGGCCUGCACGACGCUUUGACCCAGAACGACCCCAGAGUAAUUCUAGUGGAAAUUGAUGGUCCGGUGGAUUACAGUUGCCUGCCAGAGUCUCUGCAGUACAUCAAGAGGAAACAAGGAUCUCUUAAUUGGAAGAAACCCGCCCUUGGAACCCACAAACUCACAACAUUGUGCUCAAACAGAAACUUUUGGAAGAAUCUGAGGUACCACAUGCCCUCAGUGCCUGCAGGGAGAAUCCAGACUAUUGUCUAAACCAACUGGAAAACUUUUAUUUAGUUUGACCGAUUGGAUUGAACAUAGAUGUUUUGUUUGUCACAUCAGGACCUGCAGGCCUUUUUCCUGGAAACAGUUAUAUUUUUGACAUGUGAAUUUCACAUUUAUGAAAGUGGAAACAUGGUUCAGAGAAAGAGAGAAAACAAGUUUUCAGUAGUUAUAUAAUGAUCAAAGCAAAAUGUGGAGAGUACACUAAGUGCGGAGGAACACUGAUGAAGAUCAGCACACUCUUAGCUGUCUUUAGAUUUAAAGAAAUCAUUAUACAUUCAGAGUUUCAGUCAAGCCUGCAAUAACCAAUUUGACCUCAUUUUUGUUAUAGACGUGUAUAUUGACAAGAUUUCUGUCAAUUGGUUUACAGAGUGCUAAACGUUUCCUUACCUGACGGAUAUAAAGCUGUAUUUAUAUUAAAUUUUUGUUGUACUAUGCUACACACAUGAGCAUUAUUGCUGAUAUGUGUGUGAACCUAUGUUCUCUUAAAGUCUUUGUGGGUGAAAUGUGUUCCUUAUGUGAGAAAUGAUCACUGGGGUGAGACAAGGACAUCUAUUUGUCAUUACUGUUAAUGAUUGUCAGUCAUAGUACAGCACAUUAGGGAAUCAGUUGUUGUAGUAAUUGGUAACACAGUCACAGUAAUCCUGGAUUCUGAAAAGAAAGCAUUAAGUGGAUUUUACUUGUCAUGCUUGACACGUCUCAAAUCUUAUUAUUUGUAUGUGGCUGACUCACAAAUCCAACUUUUCGGAAUCCAGCCUCUGUACACUCAUAUGAGCCAAGAGGUGUCUGGAAACCUACCAAGUUUGCCCAGUGCCCACUGAUGGGAAAUUCCCUCUAAAGGCAAGCCAGAGUGCAGUGUCUCUUCCCCAGUCUCUGACAUAAUAUUGCUUUCCACCUGCUGUGGGACUGCCCAGCUGGUAAAACUUUCUGGACGGAAACAACAGCCCAGUAGGCAUCCUCAUGUCAGAGGAUGGGACAUUGGGAUGCUUAUCCACUAAAAGAUUCAUUCUUUUAAACUGGAAGGAGCAUUAACCUAAGGACUCGUGGCUGGAGGAAUAUCUGCAUCUGCUAAACAUACCCACCGUAUGUUUUGUUGUUUUAUUUAUGCAUGUAAAUGUCGUCUUGUGAUUUGCUUGGUAUUAUGUUUGAAUGUUAAUUUUUUUGUCUAAUAAUGAAA